AUGAGGAAUGAUCCUUUGAAACUUGAUAUAGGUUAUUUUACAAAUUGUAAUGCGUAUUAUACUCAACUAGCUGUUCAAGUUCCUACUGGAGCAAAAUGUAUGCGAGCUGUAUUUGAUAAUACUUAUUACACUUCUACAAGAGUACUUUAUGUUGAUUUAGUUGAUGAACAGGGAUAUUUUCAUUUUUGUAAUAUUGUACCAGUACAAAUAAUUAAUACAUAUCAAUUUUGGGCUUAUGCCGGAUUCCCUAAUUAUGAAAACUCAACAGAUCCUACUGAUGAUGACUGUUUUGGAGGUUUGUAUGAUAUGUAG